AGCUCCAAUCCCCGUCCCCCAAGGUCUGCAGCGUGUCCUGAGCUUUGCUGCCUGCGUGGGUGCAGGCGGGCCCAGUGCCCGGGGAGACAGUGAGCGGCCGGCCGGCAGGGAGGCCGCUGAGGGGAGCGGGGUGGAGAGUCCGUACAGUCGAAACCGUGGUUUUCCCAGUACGCAGAGUAUACAGGGUCGAAAUACAAUAGCCAUAUCUGCCGCAUUAGAGCUUGACCACUUGGAGGUCCUACUGGCUGCACUGGCUUUUAGACACUGCCGCUCACCUUUGCCUUAUCAGAACGUGAUCGUCUCCCAGAUUUUGGGAUCUAGGGUUGCCAGUUGUUCCCCCAGCCUUCUAAAGGUGCUGUUUGGUAUUCAGUUAAUAGAAUCAAGCAUUUCCUUCCGCUUUCAGAAGAGAGAGAGGUCUAGAGAGCGUGUCUCAAGCACGCGCACCCGCUUUGCGGCGGUUGGCCGGGCUCUCUGCCUCCCACUGCCGAGACCGUGGCUCCGGCCCGAGCGCUCCUUCCCGGGCCCGCGCUUGUGCGGCCGCCGCCGGCCACGCGCGCGGCCCCGCGGCCCUCCCGGGAGCGGUGCGGGCGGGGGCUGCCCUCCGCCUCGGGUGGGCGCCGGCAGCUCGGGGUCUGCUCCGGUCACCUGCUGGGCCCCACGGCUCUUGGUGGCGUGUGUGUCCCCGUCCUUCCCGCUGCCCCGUCUCUGCCGCUUGUCCCGUCGGUUUCCGGCGCAGAGGCCCUGGGCUGCCCCUCUCCCCGCCUCCACGCUCAUUAAUCCUACCCCGCAGGACUGGCUAGAACCCGCGGCGGCCUUUUCUCUAAGCCUGCAGCCCAGGCUUCAAUUCAUGAAACACCAGUAUGCAAUUUUGGCAGAAGCAGCUUACCACAGCCUCAGUCACUAA